AUGGGAACGGAAAGUGACCAAGAGGUUGUACUAAUGGUUGGAAGAGAUCCAAGAUAUGGAGACCUUCUAUUUCCAUCUAUUCAGGAGUGUGCUUCGGCAGGAAUUUAUACACAACAACAAGCCCUGCGAUACAUGGAUGACAAGGAAGGCCAGUCAAAGUCAAUCCUCUGUGAUGUGUUUAUUGCCCAUGUGCCGAAGCAUGAGGCAAAAAAAGUUGCAACUUGUGCUCCACCAAUUCCAGCUGUUGAUGAAGAGUUGUCUAUUCCUGUUGUAGAAGAUCCUCUAAUUGUGAGUGAUGAAAGUGCUAUCGUAGUUGUGGAUGAAGGGACAGAAACACCUAGAGUAACAGAUACAGACACAGAUCCUACUGAAAAUAAUGGGUCAAAUCAAGUUGAAGAAGAAGAGGAAGAAGAACCGCCUACGGCUGCUGAUGUUGAUUCCCUUGAGCAUGACACAGGCCUAAGGAGUCCUAUUUCAAUCUUUGAUGUGAAUGAACAAGAUUCUAUCAGAAGAAGUUUACAUCUUUUCUUUAACAUCUCCCAGGAUUACGUUGGGAAUAAGCGAUUGGAGCUACCUGGUCAACUAAUUUCCCUUCUUUUUGAGGACUUAUUCAAAACAAUGAAUUCUCACGUUGUGGAGCGUAUGUACAAAACUAGUGGAAAGACCCAUUCCAGUGCUUUGGAUUUUAGCCAGUUGAUAAGGGAGGAAAACAUAAUAACCACUGGUCUGGAGAGGUCUAUUUCCACUGGAAAUUGGGAUAUUAAACGUUUUAGAAUGCAUAGGAAAGGCGUAUCACAGGUUCUAUCAAGGUUAUCCUACAUGGCAUCUUUAGGCUACAUGACACGGAUAACAUCGCAGUUUGAGAAGAACAGGAAAACAAGUGGGCCACGUGCCUUGCAGCCUAGUCAGGUGUAA